AUGUUACAGAGAUAAAGGAGUUAAACUGAGAUAAUAGGGAUUUACACUAACGUACAGGUGAUACACCCGUGUAUGGAUUAACUUCUAUAAUCUAAAUAUUUCAUCAUGGAUAUUCGACAUUCGACUGAUUUUUCGGAGUUGUUCCGUGUAGUUUGGUCCACCUUCACUGUUUACCUGUCCAUUCUAACAUUGGUCGGUGGCGGGUUUCUGGUGGUGGACAUCUACCACAGACCGAGAUGGGUCCUCAAGCAUAAAAUCCAGAAAGGCAAAAAUCUCAUGAUCGAGAAGGGGCGCCUGCGGGGCCUGUUAAACAAUAUCCUCCUUAACAGUACCGUGGUCUUGUUGCCAGGGGCUGUUGUGUUGUACUUCCUGUUAAAAUGGCGAGACUCGGACCUCUCCUUUACACCGCCAGCCAUACCGACUUUCUUUCUCCACCUGUCUGGGUUUGUCGUCAUUGAAGAGAUUGGAUUUUAUUAUUCACACAGGUUGAUGCAUUCCUCGUUUCUCUAUAAACGCGUACACAAGAAACAUCACGAGUGGACAGCUCCCAUUGGUCUGACCGCAGUGUAUUCCCAUCCAAUAGAAAUGUUGGUUACUAACCUGAUUCCGUUUUUGUGCGGACCUGUGGUUUUCGGAAGUUGCCUCGUGACAGCCUUAUGGUGGUUUGCUAUUGCUUUCACAGUUACCAUAAUUCACCACAGCGGCUACCACCUUCCGCUACUACCAUCACCAGAAUUUCACGACUUUCAUCAUUUAAAAUUUACGGGGAAUUAUGGUGUUCUAGGCGUCCUGGAUAGACUACAUGGUACCGACAAAGUGUUCCGUGAGAGUUCACGAUUCAGGAAACAUCGAUUUGUUUUCUCUUCGAGAACUUUGACUUGAUGUGCAACUUUAUUCCUCUUCUAUGUCAUGGUUUUGUGGGUGUCAUUGUGUACCAAAUAUUGAAUGUAAACUUGUGGUUAUAUUUAU